AUGCGAGAAAAAAUUACUACCACCUUUUCCCAGCCGUGCCUCUCUACGGUGUGCCAAGGAAGGCUCGCUGUGCGUCGCCUGAAGUACGCAGUCUUCGGAAUCUGGACUCUGGUGGCGUUCUUCGCCGUCAACUACGCCGUGAUGCGAGUGUGCGUCAGUGACAUGAGCUGGCACGUUCGGCAGCGAGACAUCAUACCACGCGUGGUGGGCACCCGCGGUUUCCCCGUGCUGCCGCGCGUCGCCUGUCCGCGAUACCUGGCCGUCGUGGUCUGCAGCGCCGUGGACAACUUCGAGCACCGGGCUGCGAUACGCGUCACGUGGGGUCGAGACGUCAGCGACGACAAUGGCACCGGCGUAUUCUUCCUCGUCGGCAAGCCCGGUGACACGCCUAGAGGUCAAGAGGCGCAGAAGAGGUUGAUUAACGAGAGUGCCCAUCAUAAGGACAUCAUCCAGGCGGACUUCCGCGACACCUACCGUAACCUCACCAUCAAGACUGUGUUCAUGCUCAAGUGGGCCUACGUGAACUGCUCGAACACUCGAUUUCUGCUGAAAGUGGACGACGACAUGUUCGUGAACGUGGAAAAGCUGCUACGCUUCCUCAAGACACACGGAGAAAACCGGGCACGGUAACGGGCAAA